UCAGCGACUUAUAGUGGGACUGCGGUGGGCAUUCUGACACUGGCGGAAACUGACUUGGUGUCACUGACAUCCCCAGUGACACCAAUAUAGUGAUCAGUGCUAAUAAAAGCACUGACACGGUACUAAUGGCACUGGGCAGGAAGGGGUUAACAUCUGGGGCAAUCAAAGGGUUAACUGUGUGCUGUUUUACUGUGUGCUGUGUGUGUGCUUUACUGUGUCAGCACAUUCCUUUGUAUGACUCUUCUAUGCAGAGUCAUACAAAGCAGUGUGUAAGAGCUGAUGGGAGAGAUCUGUAUUGUUUACAUACAGGUCUCUCCCCCAUCAGUGAUACUCGGCAAUCGCUGGGUGUCGGUGAAUAAUCA